AUGGGUUUGAUAAGGCAACAACGUUAUGCUGUUGGUAUUUUAACAUUGUUUAGUGUGGUAUUGAUAUGGGUUGGCUCUUCUUUUUUAGUGAAUGUAGGAAAAAAUACAUUAUACGAAACACUUCCUAGAUCAUCAACUGAUUCUACAAACUCUAAUCAUGAUGAUGAUAUAUCAAAAGUUGCAAAAUUAGGAUUUACAUUUUGUAUAAUAUGGUUUGCAGCAAAUUGGUGCACUAAUGCUUCUCUUGCUUAUACAAAUGUUGCCAGUAGUACAAUUUUAUCAUCAAUGUCAUGUUUUUUUACCUUGGUAAUUGGAACACUUUUUGGCAUUGAAAAAUUUUCUUUGAUAAAACUUGUAGCAGUUUGUGUUAGUGUUAUUGGAGUGAUUUUAAUUUCUACUAGAGAUACAGCUGGUUCACCACAAGAUCAACCUAUAAAACCUUUAAUUGGUGACAGUCUUGCUUUAAUCGGGGCAAUUUUCUAUGGGUGUUACACGGUCUUGUUAAAAUUACGUAUUCAGAAUGAAUCACGUGUUGAUAUGCCAUUAUUUUUUGGAUUUGUUGGUUUAUUCAAUGUGAUAUUACUUUGGCCAGGAUUUUUUCUGCUUGAUAUUCUGGAAAUUGAAAAACUUCAACUCCCUCCAAACGGAACAAUUUGGACAAUGGUUAUAAUUAACGCACUGAUAGGUACUUUUUUGUCUGAUUAUCUUUGGCUAUUAUCCAUGCUCAUGACUUCUCCAUUAGUAGUCACAUUGGGAUUAUCACUGGCAAUACCUUUAGCUUUAAUUGGUGACAUAUUUUUUAAAGGUAUUGUUGCGGAUGAAGGUUAUUGGUUAGGUGCAUUGAUGAUUUUAGAAUUUAAAACUAUUCGUUCGGUUGAAAAUGCGCUAAAAAGUGGUACAGGAGCCAUGCUAUUCACUCAACCAGUAAAUGUAAACCGAGUAAAUACAGUGUUGGUCGCCCAAAUGGCUCAGAUGAGGAAAGUCUCCAAUCAUUGGUGGUGA